UUGACAGCCACUGAUUCUGGUUCUACGGAUAGUCAUCAAAUCGGUGAUUAGUCAAAAGAAUGAAGUCCAAAACAUAAAUAAUUUUGGAAUUUACAAUUUUCUAGUUUAAGUUUCCCAUUAGUUUUCGUUAUUUGCAAAAAAAUAUCGCGCACGCUAUAUAAAUCCGUGUCCGAGAUUGUGCAUAAACGAGUGCCCAAUGCUACAGAAAUGUCGAAGAACAAAAUAAUUUCCAGAGCCUUUGACAAUAAAAUAGAAGUGAAAAGCAAGUUUGAAGCAGAGUUCCGUAGAUUCUCAUUAGAGAGGAAUUCCCAAGCAAAAUUCGACGAUUUUCAGUCGAUUCUCGAGAGACUGCACAAGCUUAAAGAUAUAGCCUUUUUAGUGUCUUACAUAGACUCUAGCGACCAAGACAUACUACCCAUUAAUAACGAUGAUAACCUAAGAAGAGCCCUGAUGAAUGCCAAACCCUUGUUGAGGGUGAUCAUACAAAGAAAAGGAGAUAGUUUAGAAGAAAUAAAUGGUUAUGGUACUAUAAAACCUAGGAAUUUGAUUUCCACAAUCUUGGGAGGUACCCCAGCAAGAACCAAAACGCUUCCCAUAUCAAACCCACAUGAUUUCAGGCAGGUUUCUGCAAUUAUUGAUGUGGAUAUAGUACCAGAAACAUGCAGGAGGGUUAGAUUGCUUAAACACGGGUCUGAUAAACCUUUGGGGUUUUACAUAAGGGAUGGAACCAGUGUAAGAGUUACACAGAAUGGGUUAGAGAAAAUUCCAGGAGUAUUUAUAUCAAGGCUCGUUCCGGGUGGUCUAGCUGAGUCCACAGGUCUUCUAGCUGUAAACGAUGAGGUUUUGGAAGUUAAUGGUAUUGAGGUGGCUGCAAAAACGCUGGAUCAGGUUACUGACAUGAUGAUAGCGAACAGUUCCAACCUAAUAAUUACUGUAAAACCGGCCAAUCAGAGAACAGUAGGUCCAGUAAGAAGAGGUAGCUUCAGCAGGAACUCGCAUAUGUCUAGCGGAUCACAACAGUCUCAAACUACAGCAGGUUCAGACCCUGAAGACAAAUAUGAUCAAGAUGAAAUAGUGGAUUUGACAGCUAAUAUCGAGACUAAAGAUGAUGGUAUUUUACAUCUCUAAUAGUUGGAGGUAUCUAGUGUUAACUCCAAUAAUGUUAGGUAUAUUUUGAUUUCUUGUAUGUUUCUUCUUUUUCUACCUUUUUUUUUCUCACGUUAUUGAAAAAAAGUUUUUUACUCCUAAAAGUCUUGUUUUUGUCUUCCAAUUUUGUUUUAUAACAAAUAACCAAAAAAAAA